CACUGACUAGCUUCUCUUUACUCAACCGGUACACCUCCAAGUCCCUUCGUUUGUGCUGGUUUCACAAGAACGACUAGUCGAGUAUAUUGUAUUCGAAUCUGUAGUCGAAGAAACCAUAACGUGUUUUUGAUCUUUGACCACCCCCUGCACACCCAGAUAACAACGGAUCAAGCAGCUUUAGUGGCAGAUCUUCCCUGUGUAUUACAAACUAUAUAAAAAUCCGCCCGAGUGCGGACAGCUCAGUUUUCCAGCUGUGUUGGAAAUUCAGAAGCCAGUCUCUGAGCGCUUGUUUUUCCACGUCUUUUAUUACGCCAGCAGGUUGAACGUUACAGACAAAAUGGGAAACCAAAAUAGUUCUCCGCAAGUGGACAAAUGGCCUCAGUAUUUUGAUUUGGAUCGCUCUGCAGACAUGAAAGAGCCAGUCAAGGCCGAAGUAUCAGGAUCAUUUCCAAAAUGGCUGUCGGGUUCACUAUACAGGAACGGAAGUGGUCUCUAUCAAAUCGGAGAGUCAAGGUUCAACCACCUGUUUGAGGGCUUCUCUGUGAUUCAUCGAUGGUCAAUCAAGGACGGAGAGGUCACUUUAAGGACAUCUAUUCUGGACUCUGAUUCGUACAAAAAAUCUGUAAAAUACGAGAGAUUGGUUGGACAACAUUUCGCCUCCACUUUUCCUGACCCAUGCAAAAGUACUUUUGAUAAAGUGGACGGGGAGACCAUGCAUUCAAUCGGCAAGGUGGAUCUCAGAAAGUCAAUUGCAGUUCACAUUGGCACGGCUCACCCGCACAUGGACAGAGAUGGAACAAUGUAUUACUACGCCACGAAUGUGCAGGAUCCAAAGAAAACUUACAACAUCGUGAAAGUUCCACCAGCUGGCAAAGGAGAAGCUCCUUUUUCUAAGGCAGACAUUGUGGCAUCCAUACCACGCCGCUGGAAAUGGAGUGUUGGUUACACUCACUCGUUUGGCAUGUCAGACAACUACUUCGUCCAUCUGGAGCACCCGGUUGUUAUGAACAUUCCCAAACUGAUGACCAUGAGAUUUUGGGGAGGGGCUGAACAGUGCUUUAUCAACUACCCGGAAGAAACGGUUGGAAUUACUAGUAGAGUGGACAAAACCACCCACAUGUCAAAAUUGGACAUACUUUUUUUUCAGAUCCAAAUCCAUGUUGUGGAUAGGAGAACGGGCCAGAGACUGCCCAUAAACUUCUACACCCCUCACGGCUUUGUGUUCCACUUCGUCAACUGCUAUGAGGAGUCCGGUUUCUUGAUCUGUGAUGUUUGUAUGAACAAGAGUGGAGGUCUUGUCCAUGAGCUGUACUUGGAAAACAUUGUCCGCCUGAUGAAGUCGAAUGCAGAUUAUUUAUGUUUCUAUGCUAGAUUUGUAUUGCCACUCAAUAUUGACAAAGCCAAAGAAGGCGAGAAUCUGGUUACACUCCCUGGCUCUAAAGCUACGGCUGUACCCAGACCUGGCUCAGGCAACUGUGUCGACGUCACCAAUGAUGCUAUUUUUGGAGGUUCUGCAUUCUUUGAGCUGCCCAGAAUCAACUAUGAUUUCAAUGGAAGAAAGAACAGAUAUGCAUAUGGUACCUCACUCAUUAAUCCGACCAAUCAAAGGGUCAUGAAAUUUGACCUCCAGGAGAGAAAGAUGACAGAGUGGAAGUGUGAAGACAAGCACUACCCUGGAGAGCCCGUGUUUGUCAAAGACCCGGCAGGGACCUCAGAGGAUGAUGGUGUUGUGCUGUGCCCAGUAUUGGCCGCGACCACAGAGCAAUCCUCAUACCUGGUUGUGCUGGACGCCGCAAGCUUCAAGGAACUAGGCCGAGCCACCGUGCCCUCAGAUGUCAAAAUAAACGUUACUUUCCAUGGAGAUUUCUGCAAAAGAUUUUCAUGAAAGCGGAUAUCUUCAUCGCUAUCUAUUUUUGCAUCCGGACCUCACAACAUGUAAUUUCAUUGCAGCUACUUAUCCUGUAAUGAUCUUCUAUGUGUUGCAUCUAUUAGCUUAGCAGCUAAGAAUUUUCUGAAUAAUAUUAACAUGCUUCACCGAAUGUUUCCUGGAUCUGAUUUAAAUUGCAAGGAACAGAUUGAGGAAAAGAACUAAUAUUUACAGCGAUAUUAAUGGUUGUCAAUGUAACCAUAUGUUGUCUUUUAGCAGCUGACCAUUUAUUUUCCUGGUCUGUUGACUGCUCUGCCAUAUUUUUGAGCUGUCUUUUCUGGAUUUUACUCUGGAAGACACAGCUCAGUGUUGUUUUGUCAACAUUUCAAGAUGUUGUUGUUAACCUGUAUACUCGACUAUUAGUUCCAAAAAUGUGAUUUGCACAUCAAUAAUUGUAAACAUUUGAAUUUGCAACGAGAAUUACAUAGUUUAUUGAUACUUCUCUCUAUUUUUGAGAAGGAUGUAGCACUAGAGUACAAGGUAUUUCCACUGUUCCGGGUCUCAAAGGACGAAUAGACAAGGGACACAAUGUGCACUACCCAAUGCGAAGUGUGAGAUCAUUUCCUUUGCUCCAGUCUGUCCUGUCACUGGAUAGCCCUGGAUUUUGCAUUCACUGCUUUCCUUAGUUCUCUUCCUUUGGAUAUCGUGGUAAGCUGUGGACAACAGCGCGGUCUCCCCUUGCAAAAACAAAAAAUAUCUUGUUCCCGUGUACGCCUUGUGGGAAAAAAUAAAACUGUGUAUGUGUAACGCCCUUUGUAACACUGUGAGGUUAUUUAAGAUGCGAUACCUCUCAAUGUAACAUCCAUCUUCGAUAUGACUGAGCCGAAUAUGGAAACUUCUUGUGAACUAGGGAUACGACGUUGGACCCGCAGAACGAGCAAUCUCACAAUCUAACUACUUCUCGACUACCAAUGCCCAUGUGUGCACUUUCUUUACAGUGAAGACUAAUUAUUGCCCUCUGAAACUUGUCGAAAAGUAAACUGCUUCAGCUGUCUGCCUGAACAA